CCGCCGGCUCCUCCCGCGGGUGCGCCUGAGCCUCCGCGCCCCGCCGCCCCGGGGCCAGAGAUGAUGAUCCCACCAGGGGAGUGCAUGUAUGCUGGAAGGAAAAGAAGGAAGCCCAUUCAGAAACAGAGGCCUGCCACGGGGGCUGAGAAGUCAAACCCUUCCAAGCGGCACCGGGACCGUCUCAACGCCGAGCUGGACCACCUGGCCAGCCUGCUGCCUCUUCCUCCGGACAUCGUGUCUAAGCUAGACAAGCUUUCUGUUCUGCGUCUCAGUGUCAGCUACCUCAGAGUGAAGAGCUUCUUCCAAGCCGUGCAGAAGUGUCCACGGCCGCCGGCGGCCAGUGCCCCUUCACCUGCCCCCUCAGCCGAAGACUGCGGUCUGAGCGGAAGAUCCGUGGUGCUGGAGGGAAGGCUGCUGCUGGAGUCUCUCGAUGGCUUUGCCCUGGUCGUGAGUGCGGAAGGCAUGAUAUUUUAUGCUUCAGCAACAAUCGUGGACUAUCUGGGCUUCCACCAGACCGAUGUGAUGCACCAAAACAUUUACGACUACAUCCAUGUGGACGACCGCCAGGACUUCUGCCGGCAGCUCCACUGGGCCAUGGACCCUCCCCAGGUGGUGUUUGGGCAGCCCCUGCACUCAGAGACAGAGGACGCCGUCCUGGGGAGACUGCUGCGCGCGCAGGAGGGAGGCGCGGGCUCGCCCACGGACUUCUCGGCCUUCCUGACGCGCUGCUUCGUGUGCCGCGUGCGCUGCCUGCUGGACAGCACCUCGGGCUUUCUGACGAUGCAGUUUCAAGGAAAACUAAAAUUCCUGUUUGGACAGAAGAGGAAAACGCCGUCGGGGACAGUCCAGCCCCCUCGGCUCUCACUGUUCUGCAUCGUGGUGCCUGUCCUCCUACCUUCCGUGGCGGAGAUGAAAAUGAAGAGUGCGUUUUUGAGGGUGAAGCACAGGGUGGACGUCUCAGCCUCAAUGGAUGCAAAAGCAAGAGUGGCCGCGAGUCAGUGCGAUCCAGAAUUCCAUGGGAAACCCAGUUACUUCACAGGGAGGAACAACGGAGAAAACAUUCCAGUGCUCAGGACACAAGCGGACGCGGGACGCUGGGCCCGGGUUCCAGCCAGAGCCCCAUGCCUGUGCCUCAGAAAUGGCCCCGACCUCAUUUCUGACCCUGAAGGGGCCUCAGGGGACAGGGGAGGAGAUGAGCAUGGCAGGGUGCCCGGCAUCUCCUCAGCAGCCAGGGGGCGGAGAGAAAUACAUGCACACAGUUGCUGCUUCGAGUCACCUGGACCCCUGAAGCACGUGAGCUGGAUGACGGGGCGACAGGGCCAGGACGGGGGCAGCAAGCUGAAGCUGGAGCCCAGCAGGAGUGACCCGUUCUCCAUGCGUGCUGUGUCCCUUGGUUCCUGCGCGCCCUGCCCAGGCGUUCAGGGCGCCGUCAACACCAGUGGGGUAACUGCUUUCAGGAAUCCCCCCAGCUGUCACCCAGGAAGCAAUUCUCCCAGCGCCUAUGCCAGCUGCACCAGCAGAGCUUUGCGGGACAGCGAUCAGGGCCAGGCGCACCCUCCACCCAGCUGCCCCUUCCCCCGGGGGAGCCUGGACAGUGGGCUCCCUCAGCCCAGAGGGCAACGUCUCACAGCGGCGGGCUAUUCCAUCGAGGACACCAAGUUUCGAGGAGGGCCAGUGCCCUCGGGAGCUCUAUGCAACCCCAUCUUGUCACUUGAUGUGCCCAUCAAGAUGGAGAAUGACUCUGGGUCUGAGGAUGCCACAGGUGGCUACUCCCUGUCCCCGCACCAGGUGUGGCUGGGAGCCAGCGGUACAGCCAAGAGACAGCUGGUCACUUUCCCUACCAGGAUGCACCUGAAAACAGAGCUGGAAGCCAAGCACCACCUGUACGCUCCGCACCUGGAGCACAGCUUGCUGGAGGCUCACCCGAGCGUCAGGGCUCCGCUCAGACCUGGCAGGGAGCUGGCCCCCUUCCACCCCGCACACUGUGCCUGCCUGGAGCGUGGGCAUGGCCUUCCUGAGCCAGAGCCUCCCCACCACUUCUGUGCACAGGGGCACCAGCCCCCCACACUGGGCUGUGACUGCCGAGCUCCGGGGACUGCGCCCAUCGUCAAACGGGAGCCCCUGGACUCCCCGCCAUGGGCCAGUCACAGCCAGGGCGGGGUGCCCGGAAUGUUCCCCAAAAGUGCCAUGGCAACGCUGAUGCCUCCCAAAGCCCCUGAGUGUGCUUUCCUGCCAUAAAGUGGGGGUGUUUCUGAAAGCUAGUCCCUGUCCACGCUCAGACUCACCGCUCAGCUGGGAUGGCAUGUGCAGCACCAGCGCCAUUCUUAAGUGGCGCUCUGCAAGGAUGCAUGAGCUCAGUCCUCUCUUAGGUGUGGGCAGCGUGUGCAAUAGCACGUUCUGUAUUUUGUAAAAUCACGCAAGUUCUUAAAUGCAAAGUGGUCUUAAGUCUGUUCAAGUAUGACAGUAUUUCUCUUUGAAGGAUUAAAAGUUUUCAGAAAGUGGCUAGAGUGAGACGAGUCGGCCCAGCAGGGCACACCCCACCUUCUGAGAGGCAGUGGGCUCCUGGCCGCCUGCCAGUCGUGCAGCCGUUUCCAGGGGUCCCUACACCCACUUCCCAGCUCACGUGCACCGUGAGGGCGGGCUGACGCCUCUGUGGACUGGACUGCAGACAGCAGCCACACCCUGGGUAUAAAUUAGGGAUAUAAUUCACUUGAGCCACAGGUGACCAGGCCCCCAUUCAUGGAAGGAAUCUGGAAGGUUCCAGGCAAAAGAGGCUGUUUGUGCUAGGCCCUGCCCUCACCACUAUGUGCAGCUUGCACUCCUCGACCCCACGGUGGAGUUUGAGGCCAUGCCCAGAGUGGAGACGGACAGGAUAAUGUCCCGUUCCUCCUGGAAGUCUGUCUGGCAUUUUUAAGGGGUCUCUGAAGGUGAUUCAUGCUAAUCUUCUCCCGUACAUGGUCAACCUCAAGUUCACCGAGUCUGGGUUUGGAAGCAGAG